GAUCGAGUCUGUAACUGAAGCACUUCAAGCAGUCAAGCAAGCCAAAAGCAAACUCGUCCGCUACCAGAAUUGCGUACGCCGCGGACAUCCCAAAGCACCCAGACUCAGACAGCUUGUACAAUGUCCGUGUUGUCGAGGAGUAACGGUCGUCCCGAACCAGAGGUUAUUGUCAAUUUCGCAGAUGGGCACGCUUACUCGAAAGGCAAGAUGGAGGAAGCAUUUCGGAAUGGGUUUCUAGACAAGCCCGCAACGAAGCCCAAGGAAAGCACGACGUCCAAGCGGGAAGACGUCGAUCUGCUGGUGCAUGAGUUGGAGAUCACUCGAAGUCAGGCAGAGAAGCUAUUGAUCGAGAAGAAUGGCGAUAUAAAGCUUGUCCUACAAGCAUGGAUAGAGCCCACUGUAUAGACGGUGUUUCUUCAGUCUACUCACGUUCAUUCUACAUACCAUGGACUACUCAUGAGUCCCACCUUGACCGGGCACAUU